AACUGCGUUCUGUGCUGCUGAGCUCGAGACUUUCCUCUUCACUGCUCCUGUUUAUUCCGUUGUUUUUGCUGUUUGAAGGAAUUUUGCUGACUGCCUGCGUUUCCAAGGCCGUUUGCAGCAGGAGCUGUAACUUAAAAUGCGGCUAAAUUUAACACGGUAUUGAAAUUCCUCAGAACGCUGCUUCUAUUUUUACCUCGUGAAGCUCUGAAUUCUGGUGGCCUACAUAGCACCAAAGUGGGCCCGAGCCACGUCCUGCAGCCUUGCAGAAAGGAAAUGGAGGAUGGAUACCACGAUGAGAAAUCUGUGGAAUUUGUGUGACCAACUCAUACGCCAGGCUGAAGUUUUAAGUGAAGGAAACGAAUACCAAUUCAUUCAGUUGGCAAGGAACUUUGAAGACUUUCGAAGAAAGUGGCAGAAAACCGAGCAGGAGCUUGGUAGGUACAAAGACCUUGUGAUGAAAAGUGAAGCUGAGCGUAGUGCUUUGGAUGUGAAGCUGAAACACGCUCGCAAUCAAGUGGAUGUAGAGAUCAAACGCAGGCAAAAAGCUGAAGCAGACUGUGAGAAGCUGGAGAGGCAAAUACAACUGAUUCGAGAGCUGCUCAUGUGUGAUGCAUCUGGGAGCAUUCAGCUAAGUGAAGAACAGAAGUCUGCCCUUGCCUUUCUUAACAGACCACAGGUUUCUGUCGGAGGUUCAGGCAACAAGAGACUGUCUACAAUAGAUGAAUCUGGCUCAAUUCUGUCAGACAUCAGCUUUGACAAGACUGAUGAUUCACUGGACUGGGAUUCCUCUGCGGUGAAAGCUGUCAGACUGAAGAGGAGAGAGAAGAGGCGCUCUUCCAGGCAGUUUGCUGAAGGCCCACCAGCUCCUGAGAAGAAAAUCCGAUCGAUUGGCUCCACAGCAGACCAGGGAAAUGAAUCCAUAGUGGCAAAGACGACUCUCAUGGUUCCUGGUGAUGGUGGUCCUAUCGAAGCCAUCUCUACCAUCCAGACUGUGCCUUAUGGCCUGAGAAGCCAGAGGAAGAGUGGUCCUUUGCAGCCUUGGAGCAGUGAAACAAGCUUAGGCUCUAAGCAGGUGGAAUUCAAACCAGAGAGUAAUGGUUCUGGCACCCCACAGAGCAGCGGGGGAGUGAGGCUGCAUGACUUUGUCUCAAAGACGGUUAUCAAGCCAGAGUCAUGUGUUCCUUGUGGAAAAAGAGUGAAAUUUGGAAAAAUCUCUCUGAAGUGCAGAGACUGCCAUGUGGUCAGUCAUCCAGAGUGUCGGGAUCGCUGUCCUCUUCCCUGCAUCCCCACCUUGACAGGACCUCCUGUCAAAAUUGGGGAGGGUACGUUAAUGGACUUUGUCCCUUCUGCUCCUCCAAUGAUCCCUUCCAUCGUAGUGCACUGUGUUAACGAGAUCGAGCAGAGAGGCCUCCAUGAGAAGGGCCUUUACCGGAUAUCUGGCUGUGACAAGACAGUGAGAGAACUGAAAGAGAAGUUUCUCAGAUCAAAAAAUAUCCCCUUGCUCAGUCAUGUGGAUGAUAUCCACGCCAUCUGCGGCCUCCUGAAAGACUUUCUACGCAACCUGAAAGAACCCCUUCUCACCUUUAGGUUAAACAAGACUUUUAUGGAAGCUGCAGAAAUCUCAGAUGAGGACAACAGUGUGGCUGCUAUGUACCAAGCAGUUGGGGAACUUCCUCGGGCCAAUAGGGACACCCUGGCUUUUCUCAUGGUUCAUCUGCAGAGAGUGGCUCAGAGCCCUGACACCAAAAUGGACGUCACCAACCUGGCCAAAGUCUUUGGCCCCACCAUAGUUGCUCAUGCAGUGCCUGAUCCUGACCCGAUGACGCUCCUGCAGGACACAAAGCGGCAGCCCAAGGUAGUGGAGCGGCUUCUGCUGCUGCCUAUGGAAUACUGGAGCCAGCUGAUGAUGGUGGAGCAAGAAAACGUGGACCCAGCACAUGUAAUUGAGAACACCAAUGCCUACUCCACUCCACAGACACCAGAUGUUAAAGAGUGCAUAUUUGAACCCCUCACUACUCCAGAGAGGCAGAUGUACAGGAGGCUGUCUUCCAGCUCCCUGUGCCAAAAGGUCCUCUCCACCUUCAGCAUGACCCCCAAAUCUGUGAACAAAAGCAAGUCAGCAACCCAGCUGAGGCGUCAAGGCAGAUUCUUUGCCUCUCCCGUGCUGAAAUGAAAUGGACCUGGGAAUAGAUGUCCUCCUAGGAUUUGCACACCAAUAUACACGAGUGCAGCAGCUCCUCUCCUCGGCAGCUUGUGAAAUAAUCUCAUUUUCCUUUUCUCUUUCAGCCUAAGUAAGACUUUCAAUGGGAUUGUUAUUAAUAUAUUGCACAGUGCUGGAUUUUUACUACCUGCUUUUAGCAUUGGUGAAGAAAAUAAAUACAAGUCCUAUUCCAAGUAUUAAUAUAGAUGAUUGAACUCCCCGCUGCUUCUCAGCAGCACGUUGUUCUCUGCCUGAUGGCUGAAGCAUUGUGGAGGUGCAGCCUCUCAUCCUCAAGGUGGCAGUGCUGCAUUUGUCUUGGAUUCACCAGGGGAGACUUUUGCAGAGGACUUUCUCUAGAUAACGUUAAAGGAUGAUUUUUAAACACCCUUGAUUUUAGGAGUACCUGCUUCUCCAAGCAGAGAGAGAUGAAUUGCACAGUACUGCGCAGGAAGCAACUUAGGGUGAAUGUACAGAAGUUCAUGAAAUGUGAUUUUACUGAGCUGUGGAAAAUGAUCUUAACCCGCACAGCAGCGGAGUAAAUCGCAAUAUUCCUUGUGAGCUGUGGUUCUGUACUCUGUUGAACACUUCAGCUGUACUGUGGCAUUUUAGCUCUUGCCUGGGCAGUGUUACAGAAGGUUCUUGUGCUGCAUUGCUCUGGCAAUGCUGAGGUGCAGCUUAAACCAGAAUAAAGCAUCCUGCUCUGCUCGCCUUGA